UUUCUGCCUUUUCCGUGUAUCAUAAGAACAAUCUGAAUCCCCUUCGUCCUUCUCAUUUGAAAAGUUAGCCAGAAAAGUACAAAAACCACAGUAAACCGCAGAACGAAAGCAUCCACCAGCAGACGGUUAUUUCAAACAGCCCGGUCGGUAACCGCCACAAAACGUAAACAUGUCGCGGAAAGGUGAGGUGCAGAUUAACAACGCUCCGGUCGAUUUGAUUUCGGCGGCCAAGUUUGCCCCGAAAACGAACCAAUUCCUGCUCGUGUCCUCGUGGGACACCAGCGUCCGGUUGUACGAUGUGACCAGCAACACCCUGCGCCACAAAUUCUUCCACACAUCGCCCGUUCUGGACUGCGCGUUUCUGGAUUCGGUGAAAACGGUGAGCGGUGGGUUGGAUAAUGAGGUGAAACUGUACGAUCUUAAUACGCACAACGAGUUUGCCCUCGGGAGCCACGAUGCGGCCGUCAAGUGUGUCGAGUUCUCGUCGAUGGUCAACGGUAUCCUGACGGGCAGCUGGGACCGUACGGUGAAGCUGUGGGAUGCACGGGAGCGUGAAUGCGUCGGUUCGUACGAACAGAGCGGUGGCAAGGUGUACGCGAUGAGUUGCAUGGAAGAGAAGCUCGUGGUGGCCACCUCGGAGCGGAAGGUGCUGAUCUGGGAUCUGCGCCAUAUGGCCAACUAUAUCGAACGGCGUGAAUCAUCGCUCAAAUACCAAACCCGCUCGGUGCGUUGCUUCCCGAACAAGGAGGGUUACGUGAUGGGCUCAAUCGAGGGCCGGGUAGCGGUCGAGUUCUUUGAUCUGGCCGCCGAAGUGCAGCAGAAGAAGUACGCCUUCAAGUGCCACCGGGCAAAGGAUAACGGUGUCGAGCAUAUCUAUCCGGUCAAUGCGAUCAGCUUCCACAACCGCUACAAUACCUUCGCUACCGGUGGUUCCGAUGGGUUGGUGAACAUUUGGGAUGGGUUCAACAAGAAGCGCCUGUGCCAGUUCCAUCUGUACGAUACGUCCAUCUCGAGUCUGUGCUUCAGCGACGAUGGCAGUACGCUCGCCAUCGCCUGUUCCUACAUGGAUGAAGCGGAACAACCACCGGAACCGUACCCGGUACCGACACUGUACGUGCGCUAUGUGAGCGAACAGGAAGCACGUCCCAAAUAGUUGUGUGGGGUGUGUGCCCCGUGUGGAUGUGUAGAGAUAGUUUCGAAUAAAAUUAAUGAACCACCAUCCUUCUUCCCUUUAACCACAACCUCACAUAAUCAACUUCCCCUCCUCGGACAUUGUACAGUAUCAGCGUCACUCUGAUUGCCGUAGUCGUAAGCGAACGUAACAAGAAUUCAAAUACAGAUUACCACUCGAGGAACCAA